GCCCGUCUGCCUCCAUCCGCAGGGCUGCAACACCUACUGUGCUCAGAUCCCUUCAACACACAACUUGAGCCAGCUGAGGAGCAGGCAGGCGUAUCUGGCUCCCGCCUGCGUGCUCUGCACAGCAUCCCACUCUCCAGGUGAUGCGGUUCCCGGGCGUUUGGGGGAAAGCUCUCGCGAGUCGAUGAAGCUGGGAAUCAUGUUGGGGAGAAGUUUAACCGGACAAGUAUUGGAUCAAACUUAAAAAAAGAAAGAAUAAGCUGACGUCUUAUUCAUCACCCCGAGAAAAGGUCACCUUGUCUUGCUGGCAAAGAAUCCCAUUCUCGCCUUUUGCAGCUCUCUGUUUUAGCACCUUCUGCUCUGCCUGUGUGUGUGUGUGUGUUUCCUAGUUAAGCUCCCUGUCAAACAGACGAGGAUACUCAUGGUAGAUGACAAGGGAAAGAACAUGAAAUGUCUCACCUUCUUCUUGAUGCUUCCAGAGACAGUGAAGAACCGGUCCAAGAAAAGCUCCAAGAAGGCAAACAGCGCGAGCAGCAGCAAGUUACCUCCAGUUUGCUAUGAAAUCAUUACCUUGAAGACUCGGAAGAAGAAGAAGAUGGCUGCUGAUAUUUUCCCCCGAAAGAAGCCGGCGAACAGUAACUCAGCUGCCGUCCAGCAGUUCCACCAGCAGAAUAUCAAUAACAACAAUAUCAUCCCCGCUCCCAACUGGCAAGGACUGUACCCCACCAUCCGAGAAAGAAACGCGGUGAUGUUCAACAACGACUUGAUGGCAGACGUUCAUUUUGUGGUUGGGCCACCAGGUGGGACCCAGCGGCUGCCAGGACACAAAUACGUCUUAGCUGUCGGGAGCUCCGUGUUCCACGCCAUGUUUUAUGGAGAGCUUGCAGAGGAUAAAGAUGAAAUCCGGAUCCCAGAUGUGGAGCCCGCGGCUUUCCUGGCCAUGCUGAAAUACAUAUAUUGCGAUGAAAUCGACUUGGCCGCUGACACGGUUCUGGCAACGCUUUACGCAGCCAAGAAAUACAUCGUCCCUCACCUGGCCCGUGCUUGCGUGAACUUCCUAGAAACCAGCUUGAGCGCCAAAAACGCUUGCGUGCUGCUCUCCCAGAGCUGCUUAUUCGAGGAACCGGACCUGACCGAACGGUGCUGGGAAGUGAUCGAUGCCCAGGCCGAGCUGGCUUUGAAAUCCGAAGGGUUCUGCGACAUUGAUUUUCAGACGCUUGAAAGCAUCCUCCAGAGGGAGACCCUGAAUGCCAAAGAGAUUGUGGUUUUCGAGGCUGCUCUCAGCUGGGCCGAAGUGGAGUGCCAACGGCAAGAGCUGCCCGUGAGCAUAGACAAUAAACGCAAAGUCCUCGGGAAGGCGCUGUAUCUCAUCCGCAUCCCCACAAUGGCGCUCGAUGACUUCGCCAACGGCGCCGCCCAGUCUGGGAUCCUGACUCUCAAUGAAACGAACGAUAUCUUCCUGUGGUACACGGCGGCCAAAAAGCCAGAGCUGCAGUUUGUGAGCAACGCCCGGAAGGGCCUCGUCCCGCAGCGCUGCCACCGUUUCCAGUCCUGCGCCUACCGCAGCAACCAGUGGCGUUACCGGGGCCGGUGCGACAGCAUACAAUUUGCCGUCGACAAACGAGUUUUCAUUGCCGGCUUCGGGCUGUACGGCUCCAGCUGCGGGUCGACCGAAUACAGCGCGAAGAUUGAACUCAAACGCCAAGGCGUUAUCCUAGGGCAAAACUUGAGCAAGUAUUUCUCAGAUGGAUCUAGCAACACUUUCCCGGUGUGGUUCGAGUAUCCGGUGCAGAUCGAACCAGAUACCUUUUACACGGCUAGUGUGAUUCUGGAUGGCAACGAACUCAGCUAUUUCGGACAGGAAGGCAUGACGGAGGUGCAGUGCGGGAAAGUAACUGUCCAGUUCCAGUGCUCUUCGGAUAGCACCAAUGGGACCGGGGUCCAAGGAGGGCAGAUUCCAGAACUUAUCUUUUACGCCUGAAAGGAGAGGGUUUCCGCGCCCAGGAGAGUGUGUUGACCUGAUGUACAUGUCUAAUUUCAAAACCGGUUUGAGCUCAGCUUAUUUUCUGCAGAGAUGCGACAGUUCCGGUAAUAUGUUCCUAAAUGCGGUUUUAACGCUUGCUGUAUUUUUAUAGCCUAAACAUAAUAAUCAUCUUUGACUGGAAAGUCCCAAGGACAGGCAAACUGGCAAAUUAAGAGUCAGUUUCUCUGUCUUCCCACAGACGCUGUUACUGGUGGAAGAAGGGAUCGAUGCCCCUCUUUGGUGCCAAAACGUCCCCCCCCCCCCAAUUAGUUUAAAAAGUGGGUCAUCUUUGCAUAGACAACUUCCCUACAGACUUCUUGGGACCCUGGUUAGUUCUGUUUUUCGGCUUCUUGGUUGCCCCCUUGGUGUUGCGACAUCGCUACCACGCUCCAGUUUGGCUAAGUGAAUGCUGGCCGGGUAGACCAUAUCUUUUGGGCUCUCUGACGUGUUCUGCUCUGAUGCUGGGCAGCCCCUUUGAUUGAGAAGGUCUUUUUCUUUGCAUACAAGGGAAUUUAGUUAUAAAAGAUGGAAAGCUGGGGCUCAACACUUGAUUGACCAGUAUGUAGGAGCCCCCCUCACUUAGCCAGCUAUUUUCAAGAGGACUACAGCGGAAAAAGAACAGUGGAUUGUUUUGUGAGGAACGAGAUGGCUGAAUCUUGCCUUCUCUUUCACUUCUUCACAGAGCUUCUUUUCACACACGUUUUUAAGUCUGGAAAUACUGGCAUACAGACGACAUAAGAACAUAAGAACUAGCCUGCUGGAUCAGACCAGAGUCCAUCUAGUCCAGCACUCUGCUACUCGCAGUGGCCCACCAGGUGCCUUUGGGAGCUCACAUGCAGGAUGUGAAAGCAAUGGCCUUCUGCUGCUGCUGCUCCUGAGCAUGACCCCCACUAUUACGUAUUACGCUGGUGUAUCAAAACAAAUAGCCUGACUUGGGUGUCCCAGGCAAGCCCUAUCUUCUCAGAUCUUGGAGCUAAGCAAGGUCAGCCCGGGUUAGUACUUGGAUUGGAGACCACCAAGGAGGUCCAGGGUUGUUACGCAGAGGAAGGCAGUGACGAGUCACCCCUGCUUGUCUCUUGCCCUGACCUGGAUGGCCCAUGCUAGUCACACCUUGGCUGCUAAGGUGAGUCAGCCUUGGUAAGUACUUGGAUGGAAGACCACCAAGGGCAGCCCAGGGUCACUAUGCUGAGGCAGGCAAUGGCAGACCAACUCUGAGCAUCUUUUGCCUUGAAAGCCCUAUG